UCUUUUUAUCUCUGUGGCGUGGUCUCCCAUCCCUCCCCCCCCACUCUCUCGCGCCGGCUCAGGGACUGCACUGCUGCAGCUGAAUGAAACAGAUCCAGGUAUUUAUUGUUAUUCUCUAUUCCUAAAAAGACACGCGCUGAAAGUCUGACGGCUCGUGGCAGGGUCGCUGAACGCGCUGCUUGAAAAAAUUUAAAUAAAAGUGGAUGCUCCGGGGCUGCACGAGCUCCCGUUACCGCAGGGAUGUGAGGCCCCCCCCCCCCUCAAGCUGCAGGGCUUUUGGUGGUGGCGAUGGUGCUGGUGUUGACCUUCCACGGCCGUUUGCAGUCAUUGACUGUGUCUGUGUGUGUGUGUGUGUGUGUGUGUGUGUGCGCGUGUGCAUGAAAGAAAGAGAUGAAAAAUAAAGGGGGCGGGUAGUGAAGGAAGUGUGUGUGUGUGUGUGUGGUGGAGGUUGAGGUGGGAGGUGGGAGAGAGUGGGGGAUACAUUUUAUUUUUUGUGAAUGGAGCUUUUUGGCGCGAGCGCGCGCGCUGGCAGCUCCGCUGGCUGAGCUAAAAUUAGCCUCGUGCCUGGAUUUUUUUUUUCCUUCUUUUUUUGUGUCUGCGUACAGCAGCAUAUGUGGAUCAGAAAUCUGAAUUAACGGGGGGGGGCUCCGUGUUGCAAGCGCACGCGCGUCUGGGCACGCGCCCAUAUAACACGCCACCGGUGAAUAGGACGGCAGCUAUAUACCGCCGCGCCGUGCCCCAGGACGUCAUGCACCAUUUUUAGAGAUGCUCUAUAAAUAGAAUGUGUUGAUGAUGGUUUGGACUGAGAGGAGAUCGAACAUCUUCAGUCUCCGGCAUCUUUUAGCUAUGAUUCUCUCCCUGGCGGCAGUAGCAGCCAUGAGUAGCGGCGGCGGCAGCGGCCUCAACUACUCCUCCCCCCUCGACUCUUUCGACUCCUCCACCUCCUGGAUCCUCGGCGAGGACCCCUCCAACUCCUCCGAGCCCGUUGUGCGAACCCUAACCCCUGACCUCCAGCCGGCGACCACCGCGGUCGCCGUCCAGGAGGUGAACCCGUGGGACGUGGCGCUCUGCGUGACGGGCACGCUCAUUUCCUGCGAGAACGCGCUGGUGAUCGCCGUGCUGUUCUACACGCCGACACUCCGUGCGCCGAUGUUCGUCCUGAUCGGCUCGCUGGCCGCGGCGGACCUCCUAGCCGGCCUCGGCCUGAUCCUGAACUUUGUCUUCACCUACCUGGUCGACAGCUCGGUGGAGUACGUGACGCUGCUGUCGGUCGCACUGCUCAUCUCCGCCUUCUCGGCAUCCGUCCUCAACAUCCUCGCCAUCACGGUGGACCGCUACCUGUCGCUGUACAACGCCCUGACCUAUCACACCGAGCGGACGGUCACCUUCACCUACGUGAUGGUGGUCCUCAUCUGGGUGUCGUGCCUGGCGCUUGGCCUGCUGCCGGCACUCGGCUGGAACUGCCUGCGCGACGAGUCCGCAUGCAGUGUCUGCUGGCCCGUCACCAAAGUCAACGCCGUGGCACUCGCCGUCACCUUCCUGCUCGUCUUCGCCCUGAUGAUGCAGCUCUACCUGCAGAUCUGCAAGAUUGCCUUCCGCCACGCGCAGCAGAUCGCCGUGCAGCACCAGUUCGUCGCCAUGUCCACCACCAAAGGCGUCUCCACGCUGUCGGCAAUCCUGUGUGCCUUCGGGGCGUGCUGGCUGCCGUUCGCCAUGUACUCCAUCGUGGCCGACUCCAGCUACCCCGCGAUAUACACCUACGCCACGGUGCUCCCAGCCACCUGCUGCUCCGUGAUCAACCCCAUCAUCUAUGCGUUCCGAAACCCGGACAUCCAGAAGUCGCUGUGGUUGGCGUGCUGCGGUUGCGUCCCGUCCAACCUCUCCCUCAGACCCAGGACCUCCAGCGACGUGUAGCAGGGAAAAGGUCGGUUUCUGUCUGGCGUGACGCUCAACACCGAGUCGAGGGGUUGUAGGAGGGAGGAACGGGAGGGGGGGAGGUGAGAGGUCGUGGCGGAGGGAAGAGAUUUUCUUCCACUCUUCAUAUCAGGGCUGGUGGCUGACGCACGGCGGAGCCACGGGAAGAAGAGAACACAAAAAAAGAAAUAAAUAAAGACAGAGCUAAUGAAGAUCUUUGGAGAAAAGGGUGAUGGAGGUGGCGUGAAACCAACUGGAAAAACCUGAUGAUGGUGGGAGACUGACCUCCUUUAUUGAGAGCGACGUGGAAGAGAGGAAGCGAGGCCUCAAGAGUAGCAUACAUGUGACGGACGGGAUUCGGGAAAGGGGGAAAAACGUCCCCAAAUCUCCGUUGGACAUUAGCUUUUUUGGGCAGCGCCGCAUGGUUAUGCAAUCAAAAAGGUGCAAAAACAGUCUUUAAAAUGCUGGAUGUGCUUUCACUGAUGUGGAUAAAAAUACGACGAGCUAAAUAUACACAACGAAUGACCUUGAGUAUUUCUCAACAAGCGAUCUUUGUUCUCCUGAUGGGAACGAGACUACUUCCUCCUUUUGAAACUAAAUUCUAACGGUGACGUCCCCCUUGAUGUGAUGCAGGUUAGGUAAUUAGUGAGUUUAUAGCCUAUAAUGAUAAUUAACCCUCAUGUGCCGAGAUUUAAAAUUGGGUUGGUUGCUAAUCAUCAUUAGCAUCGCUAGCUCGUUCUCCCCCACGCCGACGCCUUCAAUUGGCAAUAAAAAUGUGUCACGAUCCAGAGAGAAAACGACUCCUCCCCAAAACACUCAACUCUGAAUCUACCAGGGCUCCCAAAUGUGCAGAGCAGCCACCGCCAGUUUGAAAAUACCUAGAGAGGGAUUUCCACACUGGUGUGAUGAAAUCAAAUCUGCUCCCCCUGUCUGAGGAGGGGUUUCUCAGCCAGCCGGUGAAUGUGAGGCAGAGAGAGAGAGAGCUGAAUUCAGCACCAAGGACAGCGCCACUGCAGAGCAAUGCUACCCUGGGAAUGCUCUCUGCUGCUGGGGGGAAGUAGGCUACGCUGUUCUCUACACUGACUAGAUAAGGAACGUGCUUUAAAGGGACAUUCCAGCUUUUCAUUGAAUGCUGAAUGAAGGUAUUUUUAAGUCUUUUUUCCCCCAACGUUCAGUCCGGAAGAGACAAACAAAAUGAGAUUAUUACGUACGUCUAAUUUGGCCGGUAACGGUAGUUUAUCAGCGCGACCUAGAAGAGCUUUUCUUUGUUUGUUUCUUUUGAAAAGCUGCACAUUUUUGAAAUCGCUUCCAGUUUUCGGUUUGAAAGAGAGACCGCCGUGAGCGUUGUUUUCAAAAGUGUUGCUAAUGUCAAACAAGACUGAAUCAAGGCAAAAAAGGAAAAGAAAAGAAAGGAGUUGAAUUAAAUAGCGAGGCUUCAUUUUUCACAUUUGCGGCUUAAAUCUGCAUUACCUUAUUUAAAAACAGUUAGAAAACGCUGUAAAUCGAAGACAAAAACGCUGAAAAAGUCAAAAAGCUAAAGAAAAUGACUUCGAUCGGGCUCAGAUAGUCCGUAAUUAUCCACUUGAGUUCCUGCAGCGCGGCCAUGACCCCGUCCUUUCUAUCCUGCGUCGCUCUAUACAUCCCUCGUAUCUCAGCAGCAGGAAUUAUGCAUGAGAAAAGAACAUGUACGGCCCCACGAGUGCCGGUAAAGCAGACCUUCUGACAUGGCUGAGGUGAGAGCAGCCGAUGUUUCUCAGAGGCUAACGGGACCUCGGCGUUUAUCUGCAUCCGCAUGAGGCGUCGCCGGCUCUAAAUGUAGAGACGGCAUUCUAACGCCACCGUCUCAUUGGUUAUUUAAUAGCUAGAGCUGAGCACAAUCUUUAUUCAGUAGAGCACUUUUCUUCUGGACUUUGGUUGGCUACCUUCUAUUUAAGUUGUACGUGGAUUUUGCCAUAGUUCUGCAAAAAUCAUUACUUUAUCUCGGGCUGAACCUCGAACAAAGACUUUCUUAGUCGACCAAUCGAUUAGUUGAUGUAAUCGACAGAUCUUUAAAACCGAGUUUCUCUAAAAAUAAUCACUUAUGUCAUUUAGCAUGAAAAACAAAAUCACAAAACCAUGCAUAGAUGCAUACAAUCUUUUCAAAAUAAACAGGAAACAACUUAGGUUUAGACAACAAAACCUAUUUAAGUUUAGGAAAAGAUCGUAGUUUAGGUUGAAAUAACUACGUUUUUUUGGCCGUCUCACCACUUCCUGGUUCAUGAUUACGUGGAUUACAGUCGCUACAAACAUUUGAUCAACUAAACCUCGAUCGACUAAGAACAAAACCACAGAUUAGUCGACUAAGAGCGGGCAGCCCUGGUUCUAUCGAAUCUCUAACGCCAUGAAAAACAUUGUCCAUGUUUAUACUAAGUCCCGCGGUCAGGAAUAAAUCGUGUAUUCAGGGAAUAAGGCCAAAGCCUGUAUGAACCACACGCACACAAACAAUCUAUUAUAAUGCUGUAAAACACGAGCAUCAGAUGGUCUCAAUUCCUCCGGCUUCCAUUUUCACUUCCCUGCUUGCAGCCCGUCAGCAGUAGCUGGAUAUCCGCUGCACACACACACACACACACACACACACACACACACACACACACACACACACACACACACGGCCUUCUAGAAGCAGCGCUGCUCUGGCCCCCAGGGGCCCCCCCACCGAAGGCUUCGGCGGGGUUAAUGAGAAGCAAGAGAGAGAGAGGCGAGGUGACGCGGUGUGAAAUAGAAACGGCAGGCGAGACGCGCUUUUAACGGAACCUCAGGUCACGUCUGAACGUCACACACACAGACACACACACACACACAAUCAGGAUGAAGUCAUUUCCCACUGAAAAGGGCAUCGUGUGAGUUAAAUCCAGCUAAUGUUAAUAACAUCUCGGUAACAGUGGCGGAGGGAUGUACAGAGGAUUUGUUGCAGACACUCAAUCUGCAUUUAAAUGAUCUGAGGAGAUAGUUUUCCCUCAGAGAGAGAGAGAGAGAGAGAGAGAGAGAGAGAGGUACCGUGACUAAGCUAUCGCAUGCUGCUAAUAUACAUGUGUGGGAGGUGUGCUGGCUUUUGGGAGAGAGAGUUCAUAUAAAGGCUGUCGUUUCAAAACUAGGAGACUCACUCAAAUCACAAAAAAAAUAAAAUAAGUUUCUGCAACAAGGGAGUCACUUCCGAAUUUAAGCUUUCUACCAAAUAAACCACAAGGAUAGUCGACUAGCUAAGAACACAGAAAACUCUGAAGAUGGCGCUCAGGAGACGUUGGUAUUAUUUGUUUUUCUAGAGUGUAAAUCAAAAACGUAGAAGUGUAUUUUUCUUGGCAGCAGCAAACAAUCAGUUGUGUUUUUGGAGGCAGUUGUUAGCGGAGCAGCUACACCGCUCUGCCAAUGACUUCCUUUGCAGAAUCUCUUGUCUUCUUUGUUUUUAUCUGUUUUUUGGCCUUAUUUGAACAAAAAAAAAAAAAACUCCUUCGCAAUAAUGUCCAACUGUAUUUUUGCUGUGUACAAAAAAGGCCACAAUGGAGAAAAAGAGAGUACGACAGGUGGAGGCAGUGGGCUCUGAAAGGUUCGCAGAGUAACUCAAAGUAUACCUUUUUAAAGCACAUUGUACUGUACUUGGUAUGAAUAUGUCUGAACAGGGUUUUCCAAAAUACAUUUCAGCAGGAAGUGGAACGAACCUAAAUAUGAAGUUUCCAUUUAUAGAUGGUGUAUUGCAGAAGGAGAUCUUAUAUUUCUCUCUAAAAUAAGCUUUAUUUUGUGUGUUAGAUGUCUCGUUUUAUACUAUUAAAGGUAAAAAAAAUAAAUAAAAAAACGUUUAUGUGAAGGUGACAGCUGUUAAACGAGUCGACCGCCUCCCUCUCUCGCCCUCUCUUUUUGCUGAACCGCCGCAUUGAUGGAACUGCCUAACGGUAAAAAAAGACGAGUGAAAUAUGUUCAAUUACUCUGAAGCCGGACGGAGUUCGGUGCUUCUGGAAAAAGCUUUGGUGAAACCAAACGAUUCCCAGAGAGAUAAUUAAAUCUAUUUCACAUUGGAAUCUGAUGCAGAUCCCGUUGGCGCGCGGUCUUCCUGUUUGCACAACGAUGUGUGAGACUUGCUUCGUCGGCCCUGUUUGGAGAUGCUAGAUGGGACCCAGAUUACAUUUUAGGUGAUGUUAGUGUCACACCCGUCUCUAAAACAGCCUUAAAGGUGGAGAAUCUGCACUAGCUUGGCUAAUGCUAGCAUACGAGCUAACGUCCCCGUGUUUACCUCCCUAUUAAAAAUGAAUCGGACGCAAUUAGGAUCAUGAACCAGACUUGGAUUAAACAGAAAUGAAAUGUCAUGGUUUGUUUUACUCCGACGCUUAAAACUGUCUUGGCUCCAGUUAAAACUCCCCGCAAUUAUAUUUACAAUACUAUUUAUUUUAAGGGGAUAUGUGCAAUAAGUGGGUUCACUAAAGGAGCAAAAUAAUUUGUUUGAAAGCCGGAGAGACAAAGCAUUGCAUCCUAUUAGCGACUAGCGCUAGCAUGUUGGCCGGCUGGCCAGCUGGCUAGCAACAAGCAUCUAGAACCAAUUCGUGAAUAUUUCGCUGCACGACUUUCAGGUGUGAAAUGCAAACUGUUCUCUCUCCCAAGUCGUCCAAUACCGACGCUCGGUCAGUCAGUGGCACUCAGCUUCUAGUUCUUUGGGGUUCUUAGGAACCUUUUUCAUCCAAAGAACCCUUUUUGUAAGAAAGGGUUCUUCAAGGAUUGUUGAUGGUAUGGAUGUUAAAAGGGAACGCCCACAAACCCCCCAAAAACUGAUUGGGGACCAUGACUGUUGUGGGUUGUGCAGCACCACAUCAGCCCUGGUCCUAUAGGGUUCGAGAUAACACCCUUGGACUAUUAAAGGGUUCUUGUUGGUAUCAUUAGAAGGUGAAAAGGUUACCAUAGACGGGUUCUCUGUAGAACGACUCAUAGCGGGUUCUGAGUGGAACCUUUCACAGAAAGUUCUAAGCAUGACCCUUUAUGCUGGGUUCUAGGUGGAACUCCCUGAACGCCUUUACUAAAGGUUCUACCAGGAACUAAGAAAAGAACCCUACAUGGUUCUAGUUAGCGCCUCUAUUUCUAAUAGUGUAGCAUUUGCAUGAGACGCACGGAGCUUUCAACUAACUCCAGUUUAAAAACAUCCACGUCACUAUUAGAGGAGGUGACGUUGUGCAAAGACACAAACAGGACUUUCACCCAGGACACCGCUGUUCGUGUCCCGUGUUAAACCAAGUCAACGUAGACUUAUUUAACCUUAGUUUUUGUUGUGUAACUUCCAUAAAAGCCAAGUACUUUUGUUGCAUAAGUAAACCUACGUUGGAAGUUUAUUAUGAAAAGACACCGCGGAUGCAACCAUUGGAAACUGAAAUGCCCCAAAAGUCAAGCUAAAGGGGAACCUAGAGCGUCAUGGUUUCAAGUAUUUGACGAGUUGGGAGAGAUAAUGUGUUGGAAUUGGCCUUUAAGAUGGAGUCAGUUUCUAUUUUUACUUUAAUCAAUUGAUAAUAUAUUCCUGUCGGUUGAGAACACACUUUGUUGUUUAUGUUUUGGGCCAUUUUGGUGGGUAUUUUUUUGUCCUUUGGCAGUAAAAAUGUCAACUGUCUGGCGUUUUCUUCAGGGUAAAUCUAACUAUUUGAUCCAAGUCUGGAGGGAAUCACGAGCCCCAAAGUAAAAACCACGAAUCAGCCGUUUCUCAGAGUGCGCUGACUGACGUGUUGAAUCCUGCGUCGCUCAGCUGUAAUUUUUAUCACCAUCCCAUCUGGCCUGUCCAUCUAGUGAUGGUUUAUAACAAUUAACAACAACUCAUCUGUGAAUAUGCCACCGUUCAGUCAACCAUUCCUGGGGCAGGAGUGGAGCGACCACUCACUGUGUGUGUGUGUGUGUAAGUGUGUGUGUGUGUGUUGUCCCCCCGGGAUCAUAGCCAAUUGUAAUGAACCAUAACUCAACCAACUCUCACUGUAAACACACACACGCGGAAUGGUUUUGUCAGCCGCUAUACAGGACUAUAAUUCAAUUUAAAAGACGGGAAAACAGAAAAGAAAAAGAAAUAACUGUACAAGUGUGUGUGUGUGUGUGUUAUUUUUAUUAUGCAAAUGCUGUACAGAAAUGUAUAUUUUUGUAAUGUUCAUCAGGGCAUGAGUUACGAGUCAUGGUCGCUGCUGUGAGCAUGAGUUUGUUGUGAGCGUGUGUGUUUCUUCCUCUUCUUCUGUGUUCUUCCUAUAAACAAAUGUCAAAACUUUCUUUUUGGUGGGGCUGAAAAAAAAAGAAAAAGAGAAGAAGUUGUGUGUCGGAUACGCUGAAAAAGUGCCAUAUUUUUUCGACUAUCUAGUGUCUUAUUUAUUUGUUUAUCUUUGUGUACAUGCACGUUUAUCAGAGGGGCGACUCUCACUGUGGAGUUAGUACAUCUGUAAACAACAAGAAGCUCAACACGGUCAGAGACAGAAACUCUAAGCAGCGGGAUAAAGAUGGAAGAAGAGGUUGUGCAGAAGUAUUUAACCUUGAUGUUAUUUAUCACAAAAAAAGACCAAUAUCACCAUUAAGAAGUCCAUCUGUUCUUCUGUGACGUCAGACUGAAAUCACAGUAAUCCCGACACUUUUUCCAGAAAAAGACGAGAGAGAGAGAGAGACGGUGUUGUACGUCACAGAGUCAGGUUUCCAGUGACGUCACUUUGUCUGAGUCGUGUCUCAGAGAGCAGGUCGUUUCAAAGACAUCCCUCCCCUCUUCUUCUUCUUCUUCCUCUCACCAGCUUCCCCCCCAUCGUUUCUGCCUCCCACUCAUCCUCACUCAUUUCGUUCCUCCAACAGUUUCAAGCGCAUCCCUUCAUUUUUCCACUUUUCCUCGAGGUUCUUUUUACACCAUUCCCUCCGUCCAUCUUCUGCCACUCUCUUCACCUUCAUCCCCCCUCCCCCGCCCUCUUUCUCUCGUCUAACAUUUUGCUAUCGUCGGGCCUGCAGGAAGCGAGUCGGUCGGGCUCCGUCUAAAAAUAGUUACCCUGAAAGCAGAUAAAAGGCAAAAGCGAAAAAAGAACAGCAGGAAAAAAAGAGAAGGAGGGGAGCGAGGUAGUAAAGAAAGUAGAAAUCGAACCCUUCGCCCUCUUUUCUCUUUCCCUGUCGAGUUCCUUCCUUCCCGUCUCAUCUUCUUUGCAGGAGCACACGCUCAUCUUCUAUUUUUACACCUCUCAUCAGAGUCUCUCUCUCUUUUUUGAUUCGUUUCUCCGGAGCACAAGCAUUAACACAAAGGGUUUCUUUCUUAAAAGCAGGGAUUGGUGGAUGAGUGCAGCACACUCGACCGUCAUGGCUAGGCUAGGCUAACGUUCUCCCUCUGUGACCUACAAUCUGGCAACACUUCAGGCAAGCAGAGAUUGUCAAUCAGAAGAAGAAGAAAAAAACCAUUACAGAGCUAAUUUUCUAUUGGACCGAGUAUGGCCUUCAUAGAAAACAAACAUUGUUUUAUGCAUUGAUGUUGUCGGUCUGGAUGAGGAAGCAGCACAUGUGAACGAGCAUCACCGGGCCCUCAGGGUGAGGCGGUUAUUGGGUAAUGAUACUGUGAUGUCACAGAGCUGAUACGGUGUCCUUGAAUCAUGUCGUUUUGUUUUCAUUAUUUUACUGUAUUUUCUUUCAUUUCUCCUCUCGAGUCCGUGUGGUGAAACAGUCGGUUACGAUAAAAAGUACAAAAUGCACUUUAUAAGAUGGACAUGUUACACAUUGCACUUGUAAAUGUCGAAUGUAAAACCUUGAAGAGAAAGAUUUAUUUUUAAUAAUUGUAAAUUAAUGCAAAGAGAAAGAAAGACAACAAAAAAAAGACUGCAAAAAAACAAGUGAAGAAUAAUUUGCCAAAUAAACUGAACAAAAAGAGGAAAGUUGUGUUUUCUUUUUUCUGGGAUGGAGUGAA